AUGAAGGACAUUUCAGUAAUUAGAGAAGAUAACAGUGUUCGCCUACACGGCCGUGUAGGCCGAUUACUCGCCGUGUACACGUUACUCAGCAGCUUUGCGUGCAGUUUAGGCCAUAAACGAUAUGGUACACGGAUGUCUUCAGCUGCAUCUGUUCCUUCCAUAAACCCUAGCAGUAGCCUCAAGAGGAACUCAGGUGACAUUGGGUGGGACUAUGGAGUCCUGGUGGACCCUAACAACCUGAAUGUGAUCAAGUGCAAGUUCUGUGAUCUUGUUGUGAGGGCGGGGAUAUAUAGGUUGAAGCAACAUGUCGGUGGGAUUAGUGGUGAGGUUAGACCUUGCCUCAAGGCAUCGCCUGAGGCCAUAGACAAGUGCAAGAAAGCUGUUGAUGACUCGAAACAAGCUAAGAAGGCAAGGCAGGAGGAGAAGGAAGAUGUCAGGGAUGUUGUGAUCCUUGAUGAUGGUCCAGAUGUUGAAGAUACCACCAUCAAUGGAGAAGGGCUUGAUGAUGUUGGAGACUCGACACAACGCAAGUUGGGGCCUAUGGAUAAGUUUACAUUGCCUAUGGAUUCUAGCUCAUUGAGCAACACAAAACUGGUGAGGCAACAAAGAAUCACUGAAGCAUUAUGGAAAGAGAGAAUGCAUGCCUUGAAGAGAUAUAUUGCAAGAUGGGUGUAUGUGCAUGGAAUACCUUUCCAUGCCAUCAACAAUGAAGAGUUUGACCAAUUGCUAGAAGCUGCUGGACGCUUUGGCCCUGGUGGACAGAAACCAAAUCAGCAUGAGCUGCGGGAGAAAUUAUUGUAUGAGGAAGUGGAGGACACAAAGAAAUUGCUGAAGCUACAAGAGCAAGAAUGGGCCAAAAAUGGGUGCUCCAUUAUGACUGAUGCAUGGACAGAUCAGAAGAGGAGAAGCAUAAUGAAUAUUUGUAUUGAGAAAAUAGGUGCUGAAAAGGUGGUGCAAGUAGUCACAGAUAAUGCCUCCAACAACAUGGCAGCGAAAGCCCUGUUGUCUGUGAAGAGGCCCAAUAUAUUUUGGAGCUCAUGUGCAACACAUACUCUCAAUUUGAUGCUUGAAGGCAUUGGGAAACUGAAAAGAUUCAAGACCAUCAUUGAUCAAGCAAAGGCACUGACCAUCUUUAUCUAUGCACACCAUAAAACAUUGGCUUUGAUGAGGAAAUUCACAAAAAAGAGAGACAUCAUUAGGCCUGGUGUGACCAGAUUUGCUUCCUCUUUUCUCACCUUACAAAGCUUGUAUGAGAAGAAGAAUGAGCUAAGGGCAAUGUCUCAAAGUGAGGAAUGGGAGACAAUCAGUCAUGUCAAGAAGACCCCAAAAGGUGUGCAGGCCACAGCCACUUUGGUGAAACCUAAUUUUUGGGCUGGUGUUGUUCUUUGUAUGAGAGUAUUUGAGCCAUUGGUCAAAGUACUUCGCAUGGUUGAUGGGGAUGUGAAGCCAUCAAUGGCUUCUCUUUAUGGAGACAUUCUUAAGGCUAAGAAAGAUAUCAUGGUGGGCUUAGGGAAUAUUGACAAGGCUGGGACUCUCAAUCUAUACAACAAUAUCAUAGAAAUCAUUGAUGAGAAGAUGAAGGGCAGGUUGGAUAGUCCUUUGCACUUAGUUGCAUACUUCUUGAAUCCCUAUUAUAGCUACAAUGAUUCUUCCAUCUUUGGAGAAGAGGAAGUCAUGGAUGGGUUCUUUACAGCUGUUGAAACUUUUUAUCAUGGUGAUUAUGACAAGCAAAAUCAAGUCCUCAAUGAAGAUCUGCACAAGUUCAAAUAUCAAACCAGCCACUUUGCAAAACCUACAGCAAUGGCUGGCUGUAAGGAUUAUAAUUUCUUCCCAGCCAAGUGGUGGGGAAAUUAUGGAACACAAGUUCCAACUCUACAAAAGAUGGCUAUAAGGAUUCUCUCUUUGACUUCAAGUUCCUUAGACUGUGAAAGAAAUUGGAGUUGCUUUGAUGGGGUUCAUACCAAGAAGAGAAACAGGCUCACUUGUGAGAGAGUUGAGCAACUUGUCUAUGUUCGCUUCAAUAACCUUCAUUCAAAGAAAAAGGCAAAGGCAAAAAAGAACAAUAAAGUAGAUCCUCUAGUAGCAGCAAAUGCAACUUGUGCCCAAGGGUGGAUGGUUGAUGGUGGAGAUGAUGACAACUCUGAUGUUGAUGCUGUUACAGGGCUAACAUGGCAGCAAAUUGUAGAUACAUGUGGGCCUGAGGAGGUAACAAAACUACAUAGGAGCGCAAGGUUGGCUCACCCGAGACAGAUUGAAGAGGAUGUCCAAUCUGAACCUGAAGAGCUACCAAAUGAGGAGGAAGAAAUCGAGUUUGAGUCUGAUCAAGAAGAAGUGGUCACAACUGGUUAUGAGCAAGAUCAUGACACCGCAAAUGAUGAUUGA